ACGGUCAUGUGAUGUCGCGCCACGCUCCGACGCCGGAGCGACACAGAACACGCUCUCGAUAAAUCGCGAUCGGUAAUUUAAAAGCAUGUGUGAACAUCGAACGCGGAACGCCGUACCGUAAUAACCUCAGCGCUGGAUCCCGGAGCUGUUCCCGCCGUUUUGCUGUUAGUUCACCGGAACUCGACGAAUGGAAAUGCCACUAGUAUCAAUUACUUCCUUGUGCGAGAUGCCGUUUUAAAACCAACGCCCCAGUGCUCGGUUAACAAGAGUUUGAAUUACAAUAACCACAACACAAUUGGAAAACAGUAGGAAAGUGAGACGACGUUGUGAAAUAAUCGAGGGAGGGGGUUUCUGAAAAACUUGAAAAUAUAUGUGUUAGUUACUUCUUUUUUUUUUUGGUUAUACUGUGGAAAGUUUUUAUUAAUUGAAAAAGAAAAAAAAAGUGAAUUUCUACUAAAUUCGACAUAUUUCAUCGUCGUGACCACACACUCGUGUUUGUUCAGAUCGCGCGUCGUGCUGUCCGCAAACAUCGGAUCGUUGGCGGCGCCGCCUGACCGCAAACCGAAGUGUCGCGAACCCGAGCCGGAAUGGUGAAACAUUGAAUACGAAAUAAAACUGACACGAUGCUAGCGACGCGCAAACGAACUGUUCGAAUUGCGCGAUAUUGAUAAGCCCCGUUUCGGGCUAGUGAGUGAUAGAAGUCGCGGAAGACAGAGAAGUUAGGGGAAGCAGCGUUUGCCUAGUCUAGUGAGUGAUAGAAGUCGCGGAAGACAGAGAAGCUAGGGGAAGUUGAGUGCGGGGUAUGCGCAGGCGCGUUGUGCAGUGACGGCGCCCGGGCGGCUGCCAUGGGCGCGGCGCGCCAUGCGUCAGCGCACGCGCCCGCUGCGGCUGCUCCUCGCGGCGCUGGCGCUGGCCUCCUGUGCGGCGGCGCCGGCCCCCGAGCCGCGAGCGCAGCGCUCCGCCAACCUGAGCCACAUCACGGGCACCUCGCGCACCAUACAGAUGUUCCUCAAGAAUCGGUACCUGCAACUGUUGCCCAAUGGCGUCGUCAACGGUACCACAGAAGAAAACAGCGUUUACACUAUACUGCAGCGUGCAACGUACAAGCCCGGCCACCUCACGAUCCAGGGGGUCUCCACUUGCCUCUACCUCUGCAUGGACACCUGUGGAUUUCAGUACGCUAAUAGGGAUCUGUCGGACGACUGCGUCUUCGAAGAGCAUAUAGAAGAGAACAACUACAACACGUACUCGCGGAUACGAGCCGGGAAGAAGACGUACGUGGCCCUCGGCAGCAACGGGAAGGCCAGGCGAACGCAGAUACCACUGUCGCGGCCUCUGGGGAAGCUGUCGCACUACGCGCUCUCGCUGACCACAGAAUGGAAGGGACCCAAUCAGACGCACUGCUCACCCAAAAGGCACAGGGGCAAGCUGAAGAGGCCCCCGCCCAAACACAGAAACUGCUCGGUCAAGCCUCAGAACAUGAGGCACAAACGGAAGCACAAAAAAGUGAAGAACCCCAAAAAGAAGCAACGCCAUCCGAAGUCGAGGAGAAAACACAUAAACGGAACGACCACCACGACGGAGGUGACGUGGGACGAGUCCACGAUGUCCACCAUGUCGACCACGACUGACGCCGAGUUUUUUCGGUCGGCGACCGCGCAGGAGGCGGCCGGUCGCACGUGACCCCCGCCCUGCUCGCGGUCGGGGCUGCCGUCCGCGUCGCUUUAACCCACUACCACAGUUCCACCUGAAAAUCCCUCAACAAAACGAUUUUCCAGUCAGAUGACUAUAUCGAUUGAUGAAAAGCUAUUUGGUUUAAGCGACAUCUCGCUUAAUACGCGACA